AAAGGAGGACAGUUAGAAAAGUGACGUGAAGACAAAGAACACAGCUUAUCACCAGCACUGACAGCUGUGGAGAGAAGCAGCAGGCCAGCCAGGCCACGGGAACGUACCGCGCUAGUAGAUAAGGCUUCAGGUUUUGAAGCUCAACGCUCUUCCAUCAGAAGAAAGGACAUUUCCAGAAAGACAGAAACAAGCUUUGAGAACUUUGUUCGACAGAAGCCGCAAGAAAAGCAGUGAGCAAGCUGGAGGAGGAACAGCACGAGGUCCAGCGGGCCCCACACAGCAACUUCACCAUGAGUAUCACUGGUACUCUGGAGAAGGGGGCACACCACCAGGUCCUGGACCUGUCUGAAGAGUUGCCGCCACAGCACCACCACCACUCUCCUCCUCCUCAUCACCAUCACAACAACCAGCACCUCCACCAGUCCAACUCGCUGGCCUCCACAGCCGCAGGGGGCAGGGAGACACCUUCUCGUGUCGUGGUGCCUCCCCCGUAUUCUGCGGCCGAGGGCGGAGAGGCCCCACUGGAGCUACGGGGGUCCUUGGACUGCUGGGCCUGCUCGGUUCUGGUGACGGCUCAGAACCUUGUCAUUGCUGCCAUCAACGCUUGCCUGGCCGGGCUGGUAUUUGGAAUGAUCCUGACGCCGGCCAUCAUCAUGGUGGUCUUUGGCUUCCUCUGCCACUCUACAGUCCGCCCCCAUGGAACCACCAGUUACUGCUCAGACCUGUUGACCGAUGGGGGCUGCGUGGCUCUUUUGGUGGUGGGCUUCCUCUUAGUGACCCCUCUGCUGGUCCUGGCACUGGCCGCCUACUGCCGCCUUGCUCGUCAUCUGCAGCUGGGCCUGUGUUUCAUCCCGUACAGCCGGGCCGUCUACAAGAACCUUCCGGCGAGCCAGCACCGCGGCUUGGGUGCAGGCUGCUGUGGCGGGCAGGACAAGGAUGGCGGGGGAAAGGGAAAGGUAUGGGUGUAAGAGAGGAGGAAGAAAAAUACUAUACAAUCAAACCGCGGUUUUCGUAUGCCGCAAUUUUCGUAUGAUUAGGUUUCUCGGUAAAAUUUUGCCUCGAUUUUCACGGCCUAGGUUUUCCUAUAAUAUUGCGCAUAACAAACUAGUCCGUUUACCAUGUACUGUAUCAUUCCACGGAAUCAAGUGCCCAAAGCGCCCUUCGCAGUUCUGACUUACUGUCUGUGCAUUUUAUAUUGAGUGUGACUGCUAAAUAACCUAUCAUGGGCCCAAAGAAACUUGCGUGUGACAGUAGUAUGAUAAAGGUGAGAAACACUAAUACAAGAAAUAACUCAUCGCAACGUACGAAGUGGGUGUCCUUUCCCCUCCUCCCUUUGCUCAUCGGUGUCUUCGUGAUGUUAAAUGCUCAUUUAUCCAUUUCAUUCAUCAUUUAUUAUUUUGCAUUGCUUUCUGAAUGUAAAACUAUCAUUAUUCUCUAUAUAAUUUUUUUUUGUUGAUAUUUUUCCGUGUCUGGAAGCAGUGGCGAUGGCUGGUGAGGCACUGACUCCUUUGGAGUUUUUUUAUGUUAAUACAGGUUGCUCAUUAAGAGGACAAGAAAAGGAAGAGAAUGAUUCACUUUGGUAAAACAAAAAUGUUGUCGAUGUUUUCAAAUAUUUCUUAGUCCCAUUUAGUUAUUUUUUUUUUUACUAACUGAAAAACAUGUAUGUUCUUAUCUUUUAUUUCUAUAUGAAAUACAUGCACCCUAAUCUUUUCCAGGAAGUCACCCCCUGGUGAGCUUGGAUAUAUACAGUAAUCCUCCGUCUUAGCAGUCAAAUUACUGUAAUUUAUUCAUUCAACCUAGCAUAAAAAUAUCUUGCAUUUCACUUGCUUCUAGCUGGUGCUGGUAAAAAAAAUAAAAAAACAAAAACGCUGGCUUUUCCUCUCUAUGGAAGGACGGCA